AUGCAAGUUGUUUGCAAUCCGGGUCUGAAGGCUCGCCAUUGGGAUCGUAUGAGCGAUGUGGUUGGGUUUGAUAUAAAACCCGCUCCUGAUACUACACUGGUCACCUUCCUUGAAUACGGGCUGAAGGAUCACUUGGAGAAGCUGGAAGAGAUCGGAGCAUCAGCUGCUAAAGAGCACCAGUUGGAAACGACGAUGAAGAAGAUGAAGGAAGACUGGAAGAAUAUGUCUUUUGAGCUCCUGCCCUACAGAGACACCGGCGUCUGUAUCCUGUCGGCAGUGGACGACAUUCAGGUGCUCCUCGAUGACCACAUUAUCAAGGCGCAGACAAUGCGAAGUUCUCCCUACAUAAAACCGUUUGAGACUGAAAUGAAGAAGUGGGAGGACAAACUCAUAUCGAUGAACAGCAUUCUCGACGUUUGGCUCAAGGUAGGUGCCGGCCUGCAGGCGUCAAGCUGA